GACACUAUUGGUAGACAAGACGGGCGCUUGAUUUUACUUCGAGAACAGUGAUGAGUGAUCGGUCCGCCGUGUUUUCCGUUUAAUUACUGCGUUGUCAAUCGUGUCGGAAGGGUUUCGAGGCUCCAGAAAGUAUCUAGCGAUGCAAUGUAUCAAGUUUUCAUUAACGGAUACCGUUUGGCCGAGGUGUCACACGGCAAGCCGUAUUAUGUUUACUGCAUCGAGGUAUUCGAGUCCGAGGCUGGGGCUAGAUAUUUCGUCGAGAGGAGAUACAGUGAAUUCAACUCGCUUCAUCGAACGCUGAAAAAGGACAAUGUGGACGUCGCUCCGUUCCCGCCGAAGAAGGUACGAAACUGCCAGCCGAAAGUACUCGAGCAGAGGCGAGCAGCGCUUGAAGUUUACAUCCAAAAAAUGUUGAGGCUUCCAACCGCGAAGCAACAGGUUCUCAAUUUUCUAGGCAUAGAGGAUCGCUCGCCUGUCGCGUCGUAUAAAAGUACACAUGUUAAUAAGGAGGAGGAAGAGGAGGAGGAGGAUCAGCAGCAAGAUCAUAUGUACACUCUUGGUCAUCAGUCAUCAGUGAUAACGUUCCACUGUGAUCCGUACGUCCGGCCGAACACCAGAAACAGUCUUCCGGAUAUUGUGAUUAACGGCGUGCUUACUGGCAUAUACAAAUCGUGAAAAGAUUACAAGUUGCUUCUCUAGGAAGAGUCCUAGGCGAAUCACGAAUCACGCGCAAAUUAAUACAAAAAGUUCCCACAUGCCGUUGAAAGAUAAAAGCGGUGGGUGACAGGAAACAGAAGAUAGGAACGAGUGCUUCCAUUUCAUGUAUAUUCUGACGUUCCAUUGAAUCAAGUCCAAGUCGAGUCCAAGCUCGAUUUUUAAAGGAUACAAGAGAAUCGAUUUUAAUUAACGAUCGUGUUCUAACUCCAGCAGAAGUUUAAAACAAAUGAUAUUUAUGUACCUCUUAUUGUAACGCAAGGAAAAUACACGUUUCGUUUAUAUUUGAA